GUGGCGGCGCGGGUCCUGGCGCCGUUGCCGAGCGCCGGGCGGAGGCGCGGGCCCGCGGCGGCUGCGUCCCGUCGCUAUGAGCGCGGCCGGGCUGGUGUCUGCCACGCCGCCGGCCCCCGCCCCGCCUGGGGCGCCCGCCGCUGCCAUGCCCCCCGGCCCCGAGUACUAUGAGGAGGAGGAACUGGAGAGCGCCGAGGAGGAGGACGGCGAGCGCAGCGCUCGGGCCCGCGACUCCGAUGAGGACACUGAAGAUGCCAGUGAAACUGACCUGGCCAAGCAUGAGGAAGAGGACUUUGUAGAAAUGAAAGAGCAGAUGUACCAGGACAAACUGGCAUCUCUUAAGAGGCAACUACAACAGCUGCAGGAAGGUACUCUUCAGGAAUAUCAGAAGAGAAUGAAGAAGUUGGACCAGCAGUACAAAGAGAGGAUACGGAAUGCAGAGCUGUUCCUCCAGCUGGAAACAGAUCAGGUGGAAAAAAACUACGUCAAGGAGAAGAAGGCAGCAGCAAAGGAGUUUGAGGAUAAGAAAAUUGAGCUGAAGGAAAAUCUGAUUGCAGAGUUGGAAGAGAAGAAGAAGAUGAUUGAGAAUGAAAAGCUGACCAUGGAAUUAACAGGAGAUUCAAUGGAAGUGAAACCCAUUAUGACGAGGAAACUGAGGCGACGACCAAACGAUCCAGUUCCUAUCCCAGACAAGAGGAGGAAACCUGCCCCUGCUCAGCUAAAUUAUUUGUUGACUGAUGAGCAAAUAAUGGAGGACCUGAGAACGCUGAAUAAGCUUAAAUCACCCAAGAGACCAGCCUCUCCCUCCUCUCCUGAACACCUCCCAGCCACACCAGCAGAGUCUCCAGCACAGCGGUUUGAAGCCCGGAUAGAAGAUGGCAAACUCUACUAUGAUAAGAGAUGGUACCACAAAAGCCAGGCUAUUUACCUGGAGUCUAAGGAGAACACUAAGAUCAGCUGCGUGAUCAGUUCUGUGGGUGCCAACGAGAUCUGGGUGAGGAAAACCAGUGACAGCACAAAGAUGAGAAUCUACCUGGGACAGCUGCAGCGCGGGGUGUUCGUGAUCCGCCGGCGAUCAGCUGCAUGACUCUCUGCUCUUCCUUGGUCUCUGUUGGUUUGGUUUGGUUUUUUUUUAAACUGAUAAACACACCUCUAACAGGCAGUGGUUCACUCACCUUAGCAGCAGAGAACACUGCCAUCACCUCUUAUGAGACAGUUUGUGGCUGGCCACAUAAUUCCCAGUAGUCCUUAAAUCUUUAGUGAUACCCCAGCACUGCCCCGGACUCUUUCUGGACUCUGCAUCAAGCUUCUGUAUGCUUUCUUUACAUUUUGGAGUGACUAUUUAAGAAGACUUUGCCUCACCCUUUUUGGGUUGG